UGCCAUCCAAAUGAUGACGUCAACGUUUCUCUGCCUUCCCUCGACCAAUCAUUGAUUCCUCUCUCAAAGGUAGAGUACUCAAACAGACAUCAAAUCAUACUCACACGACACGGGAGACAUGGCGCCCGAACUGAAUAACUGCAGGGUCAUUAAAGAGGAGCCGCUUACUUCCUCUGAAGCAAAGUGGAUUGAGCUCAAGAGGAUUACAUACAACAAUGCAAAAAACGUCACCAAGACAUGGGAAUCAGCUGUGAGGCCAACUCGACCAUCCAAUAGCUUGAUCGAUUCGGUGGGCAUUGUUGCCAUUCUCGAAAAGCCCAACGGGCCAGAAUUACUUCUACAGCGACAGUAUCGUCCCCCGAUCGACAAAGUCUGUAUUGAAGUGCCAGCCGGCUUGGUAGACGAAGGUGAAGACGCCGAGACUUGCGCGGUGCGAGAACUCAAAGAGGAAACUGGCUACGUGGGAGAAGUCAUCAAAGGCGCUUUAGGAGUAACACCCGUCAUGUACAACGGUCAGUCUCAGUCUCAAAAGUGGUGUUAUUUGACUGACCUCAUGGCCCAACAGAUCCUGGGUUCUGUAACACCAAUCUGAGCAUGGUCCACGUUCACGUAGAUAUGUCAAAUCCUGACAAUCAGAAUCCGCGGCCGGAGCUUGAGGAGAACGAAUUCAUUGAAUGCUUUUCGGUUCCACUGAAGAACCUUUUCGCGGAGUGCAAGAAGCUCGAGACGGAUGGUUAUGCCAUAGAUGCCAGGGUCCUCACAUUGGCGGAAGGAAUCGAGGUGGCUAGACAAUUCAACAUCUCUUAGUAGUGUAGACGUACGUCCACAUAGUACCUCUUUGCUAUAACUUUGGUGACCCUCCCGGGAAGACAGCGGUGACUCACACUACACCUUGGAGCA